AUGAAAGUGGAGUCAAGAAAUUAUCAACAUGAUGAAAGUGUCACACAUGCAGUUGCCUUGACAGCCACUGACUGCAGAGAUGAUUUUGACUGUACAUCUCAUGUCUGUCCGAAAGAAGCUCGAUUUCCCUACUGCAGAAGUCAUCAUGGGUUCUUUUCCCAUCAUACUAGAACAUGUGAUUGUAUUGCUUGUCUAAGUGACAAAGAUUGUACCUGUCCAGCAGGAAAAACACCACACUGUGAACACAAUUCAGACGAUGUGCAUCAACGGAACUGUCAGUGUAGUCCAACAAAUUUUACAACAACGGUGCAAUCGACAACGAUGAAAACGUCAUCUCCUGAGACAACCACAAGUACAAGAUCUGUACCAUCAACUUCACCAUCAUCGCACAAUAAUCCUCCAAUAUUCGCAGGCGUCAGAAAGUGCCAUACAUGUAGAGACGCUAAUUCAUCUAUUUCCUGUGAUACGAGGACAAUUUACUUGGGAAAUUUACAAAAUUGUGCAUCGAAUGAACAUUUCUGCAUGACUGAUAUUGUCCAUGACGGAUCAGGCAACACACAAACAUAUAAAAGAUGUGUGACAGAGGAGGAGUGCCGAAACAAGUGGCUCCACCAGACGUCAGACCUGGAAUACUGCACCAACUACGGCAAUGUCCCAAUGACGGGGCAAUACAGCUGUCACUUCUGUUGUGUAACAGACGAAUGUAACGCGGGACAGGUUCCGGAUAAAUCUACCUAUUACACUAAAGCCUAAAUUAUUUUGAGGAAAUAAUUAGAUGUAUAUUUUUUUCACAGGUGUAUCAAUAAAGAUGGCAGAGCAAUUUGUUUUGAUUCUU